AUGGAUCCAAGGAGAAAGUCUACACAUGAGGAGUUGCUAGCCGCCUCAGAGGCUGUCCACAAUGAAAUGAAUUCUGUAGCGGCACUAAAACGUUUGUCAAUAGGAAACUCACUAACUUAUGAUCCUGACCUUCCAUAUACAGAAAGGAAUGAAUUUCCGGGAGAAAAAUCGGGUUAUGAAGAUAAUACAGAGAACUUCAACGCGUCAAUCUCCAGCUCUGAGUUAGGAGUGAUUAAGUAUGGAGAGACAGUCAUCGAUACCAACGAACUUUUGUGGGUGCCAGCGCAGUACCACCCGAACAUUUCACCUGAGAAAUUCAGGAAACAUAUUCAGAGCUCUGUUGACCAGAUGACGGAAAAAUUGAAUCAGAUAUCUGAGAUCAAAGCUGGAGUUGAAAACCCACAAUCCACCAAUCUGAACACUUUCAUGGAUAGCCGUGGAGUAUCCAAGGAUUCAAACCUUAAUACAAGUAAAGGUUUGAACAGGUCACCUUCUUCCAGGAGGCGAUCUCGAUCAAUAUCCAGCUUAUCUGAGAAUCAAGACCAACCCACAAUCGUGCAACUCACUCAAGAGUUGCAGAAGCUUUCGGAAAUUGCAGGCUUGAAUUCUACAGAUGCCGCAUCUUUAGCUCGUAGUCUGAGCUCCUCGAGUCUGGGCUUUACAUCUAUAGAGAAAAAUGCAUAUGGGUUCACGGAUGCAGAUGAGACCACAGGUGGUGAACCUUCAUUUGCUAUGCAAGGUGGGUCUCAGUUGAAACGAAGCAGGUGGACAACAUAUAGAAAGAAUGGAUCUUCAAUGAGAAAGGGAAGGUUUUCCACAGCUCAAUCGUUCAAGAAAAAUAAUUCACUAAAAUCGAAAACUAAUGACAUGAAUCCACUAGAGGGUACUUCAUCUAGAGAAGUCACACCUAGUAACCAGCAUCUACUAUCAGCAAAGCAGGAAGAGUUAGAAUUAUUCUCUAAACGUGAAAAGGUGCCGAAUUUAUCAGUUGGAAGAACAACGAGCAGUGAACUUCCACAACAUCAGCAAUCGAAUGCAUCCUAUGCACAUCUUCAACGACAAACACACCAAGGUCCAAGUAUAACAACCCAAGAAUUGGAUCAAGUUGACUCUAAAGCAGAGAAACUAGAGCUAAAAGACUCUCCAGCCCUGCCGGCAAAAACUACAUCAUCAAAACCUACUUCGGCUGAUAAAAAGAACAAAAAGUCGAGCUGGACAUCAUUCAAAGAUAAACUGUCGUUAAGUAAUGAAUCACUUUCCGAUGAUAAUGAUAAGAAGGCAGACCCAUCUAUUCACGCUAAGCAUACCAGAAAUAGACACGGAAGCGUCGUAACUGCCCCGCUAACACGGCAAUUAGACAGUUCAGUUGAAGAGUAUGCAUAUGAGCCAGACAAUAAAGAGAAUGAGUUACAAGAAAAGGGAACAAUUUCAAAGUUUUUUGGACUCAAAUCUAAAUCGAAAUCACAGUUAGGUCAUAGCUUCAAGACCGGAAAAGUGAAGCACAAAAAGAAUGAGCAUGCUAACUCAUCAGUUAUUGGAUCAGAUAGUGACGCAAGUAUAGAUUUGGAGGACAAAAUCACGGAAAAAUUUUCCAAAGUUAUUCUACACAAGAAGGAUAGGAGAAACCAGCAUAGGCCAAGCAGCACGGAUCAAGAUCCUAGAGAAGACUCUUUUUAUAAGCCAUCACCUUCCGGCAAAAUACCCCAAAGUCAACAGUUUGUAGAAAGAUCACAAGAAGAAAACGAACGAUUCUUGUCACAACAAGCCAGUGAAAACAUUAAGGCGACAAUCAAAGCGAAUGAUCAAGUUACAAGACCAAAUGGGCCCAUGCAAUAUACAGAUUCAGCGUUUGGAUUCCCGCUACCACCUCCCUCUAAAUCAACACUGGUAAUGUUGGACUACAGAUUUCCUAUUCAUAUCGAACGUGCAAUUUACAGGUUGUCUCAUCUCAAGUUGGCGGACCCAAGAAGGCCUUUGCGGCAGCAGGUUCUGUUGAGUAACUUCAUGUAUGCAUACCUAAAUCUGGUAAAUCACACCUUAUACCUACAGCAAGUGGAUGAGGGUAACACAACAAUAACUGGUAAGAUUGAAUUAUAG